AUGAACCGAAAGAAAAACACAAAAGGUUUUUAUACUAAUUUAGUGAAAGAACUUAAACAAACAGAUCACGAAGAAUUCUUUUCUUUAUUUCAGAUGUGGCCGGAACAUUUCGAUAUUCUAGUAGAUCUAAUACAAUUACAGCCUUAUUUGAUAAAAAGAAGCAUUCGAACGCCACUUCCAACUGAACUACGGCUUGCUGUCACAUUAUCGUACUUGGCUCAAGGUGAUAGUAUUAGGUCAAAGCAUUUAGAGUAUAGGCUUGGAAACUCUACUGUGUAUAAAAUUAUACAUGAAACAUGCCAAGCAUUGUGGUUUGCUUUAAGCCCUAUUGUAUUAAAAAGCAAAAAUCGUUUUGAUUGGGAACAGAUUAGUAACGAAUUUAUGAUAAAAUGGCAAUUUCCAAAUUGUAUAGGAGCGACAGACGGACGUCAUAUGCGCAUACAAGCUCCUCCCAAUAUAGGAUCUUCUUUUUAUAAUUAUAAGCAAUUCUUUAGCAUAAUAUUGCUCGCAACGUGUGACACAAAUUAUAAAUUUACUUGGAUUGAUGUUGGCCAAUAUGGUUCCAUGAGCGAUGGCGGUGUAUGGACUAAUACAGAAUUUGCACAAGAUUUGCAGAGUACAUUUGUAGAUCUUCCUACUCCUAAACCACUUCCUGGGAUAGAUAUCCCUUUCCCAUAUAUGUUUGUAGGAGAUGAAGCAUUUCCAUUAACCACUUAUCUCAUGCGUCCUUAUUCUUGUAAAACUAGGGAGUAUGUUGAUCGAGAAGAAAAUUAUACUAUGAAGGAGGGACACUGGAGGCAGCAAUAUUCAGCUUAUUUUACAGAUAUAGGCAGAAUAGGAGCCAAUCGAGCAGGAGCUGUACCUGUCGGUUUAAGAAAUUACUUAAAAGAUUAUUUUGUUUCCGAUAUGGGAAAGUCUCAGGCACCUUGGCAAGAAGAAGCUGCACUUGGAGCUAAAAGAAUCAACUUACCUCCAGAAUUGAUUGAAUGA